UACUUUCUUAGAUUCAUUCACGCUGUCCUGUCUCUUACCCUUCUUCCAUUUCCACUUUCUCUUUUUACUUCCAUUAUAGUACAGUAAUACAUUAUUUUCUUACACUACCACAGAUUGAAAAGUUUAAGAAAAGAAAAGAGAGAGAAAGUGAAACUUUCUUCUCUCCAAUCUGGCCUUUUUUGGAGAGUUGAGCUCAAACAGUCAAGCAGUGAAUCCUGUACAUACAACACCUAUAUAUAUGUAUAUAUAUACACACAUACUCACAUUUUUCUUGUCAGCUCAGCUGCUUUCUUUCCUUUGUCCAAAGUAAGAAAUGCACACUUCUGCAGCUUUUUCACACACAAACACACACAACAGUACACAUUCUUGCUUUAUGAUUCACUACUAGCACAACUGUAGAUGCAAUAUACAUACAAAAGAAGAGAAGAGGAGAGGAGAAGAAGCUACAAACUUGUUAAUUUAGAGACUGAAACAUGAAAAUGAGUUCAAUUUCAAGGUUGGGUUUUUGGGUGUGCAUGGUGGUGGUGGUUCUUGGAUGUGGGGUGGUGGAGUGUAGUGUCACUUAUGACAGAAAGGCCCUAAUCAUCAAUGGGCAAAGAAGAAUUCUCAUUUCUGGUUCCAUACAUUACCCCAGAAGCACUCCUGAGAUGUGGGAAGAUCUGAUAAACAAGGCUAAAGAAGGAGGUCUGGAUGUGAUUGACACCUAUGUGUUUUGGAAUGUUCAUGAGCCCUCUCCUGGCAACUAUAAUUUUGAAGGGAGAUACGAUUUGGUGAAGUUUGUGAAGACAAUUCAGAAAGCAGGGCUGUAUGCUCAUCUCCGGAUUGGACCUUAUGUUUGUGCAGAGUGGAACUUUGGGGGAUUACCUGUUUGGUUGAAAUUUGUACCAGGGAUUAGCUUCAGGACAGAUAAUGAGCCGUUCAAGAUGGCUAUGAAAAGAUUCACCAAGAAAAUUGUCAAUAUGAUGAAGACCGAAAAUCUGUAUGAAUCUCAGGGUGGCCCCAUUAUACUUUCCCAGAUUGAGAAUGAAUACGGUCCACAAGCAAACUUACUUGGUGCUCCUGGCCGUCAAUAUGUGACUUGGGCUGCAAACAUGGCUGUUGGACUAGAUACUGGGGUUCCAUGGGUGAUGUGCAAGGAAGACGACGCCCCAGAUCCUGUGAUUAACACAUGCAACGGCUUCUAUUGUGAUGCUUUCUCCCCAAACAAACCUUACAAACCGAUGAUCUGGACUGAGGCUUGGACUGGCUGGUUUACAGAAUUUGGUGGUCCGGUUCACCAGAGGCCGGUCGAGGAUUUGGCAUUUUCUGUAGCUAGAUUCCUACAAAAGGGAGGCUCGUUUGUUAACUACUACAUGUAUCAUGGAGGCACAAACUUCGGCCGUUCUGCUGGGGGCCCUUUCAUCACUACAAGUUAUGAUUAUGACGCUCCAGUUGAUGAAUAUGGUUUGAUACGACAGCCUAAAUACGGUCAUAUGAAAGAGCUUCAUAAAGCUGUUAAACUAUGCGAGAGAGCUCUGGUUUCAGCAGAUCCCACCGUGACUUCAUUAGGAAGCCUUCAAGAGGCUUACGUGUACUCUUCAGAAUCAGGAGAUUGUGCGGCAUUUCUUUCAAAUUAUGAUACUAACACUACAGCAGGAGUCAUGUUCAAUAACAUGCAUUAUAGCCUGCCUCCUUGGUCUAUAAGCAUCCUUCCGGACUGCAAGAAUGUAGUCUUCAAUACAGCCAAAGUUGGAGGUCAGACGUCGCAGAUGGAAAUGCGACCUACUGAUACUGAAAUAUUCUCAUGGGAAACAUAUAAUGAAGAUUUAUCUUCUUCAGAUGACAGCUCAACAUUCUCUACACUCGGUCUCUUGGAACAGAUAAAUGUCACGAGAGAUUCUAGUGAUUAUCUUUGGUACACAACUAGUGUUGACAUUAGUCCAUCAGAGUCUUUCUUGCGAGGUGGGGAGCUCCCAACUCUUAUUGUUCAGUCAAGUGGACACGCUUUGCAUGUCUUUGUGAAUGGAGAACUUUCUGGUUCUGCUUUUGGGACGAUGGAGAAGAGGAGAUUUACAUUUACAGGGAAAGUUAAUCUACGUUCUGGAUCGAAUAAGAUUAGUCUCCUGAGUGUGGCUGUCGGACUUCCAUACAUUGGCGGACACUUUGAGACAUGGAACACCGGCAUCUUGGGUCCAGUUGCAUUGCGGGGACUUGAUCAGGGAAAAUGGGAUUUGUCUUGGGCAAAAUGGACAUACCAGGUUGGCCUUAAGGGAGAAGCCAUGAAUCUUGUCUCUCCAAGCAGUGUUUCUUCAGUUGACUGGACGAAGGGUUCACUUGUUGCACAAAAACAGCAGCCGCUAGCAUGGCAUAAGGCUUAUUUUAGUGCACCUGAUGGAGACGAACCGCUGGCUUUGGACAUGAGUAGCAUGGGCAAAGGCCAACUAUGGGUUAAUGGUCAGAGUCUUGGAAGAUACUGGACUGCAUAUGCUGCUGGUGAUUGCAGCGGUUGUAGUUACACGGGGAUUUUCAAGCCUCAAAAGUGCCAAGUCGGAUGUGGACAACCAACUCAGAGAUGGUACCAUUUACCACGGUCUUGGUUAAAACCAACUCAGAAUCUCUUGGUACUUUUUGAAGAAAUCGGAGGCGAUCCCACGAGAAUCAUUCUCGUGAAGAGAUCAGUGACGAGCGUUUGUGCAGAUGUCGCUGAGUAUCACCCGAAUAUCAAGAACUGGCAGGUGGAGAGCUAUGGAAAAAUGGAAGAGUUUCGCAAGCCAAGAGUUCACCUUCAUUGUGGCCCCGGACAGUCCAUUUCUUCCAUCAAGUUUGCUAGCUUCGGGACUCCACUAGGAACCUGCGGGAGCUUUCAACAAGGAACUUGCCAUGCUCCUACCUCAUACACUGUCUUAGCAAAGAAGUGCAUCGGGCAGCAGAGAUGCUCAGUUACUAUAUCAAAUCGUAACUUUGGGCGAGAUCCGUGUCCCAACAUAUCAAAGCGGUUGUCAGUUGAAGCGAUAUGUGCCCCUUUGGAUUAAUAUAUAGCCAUAAUAGUGUAAGCAAAGAAAGAGAGAGACUGAAGGGAAGUAUCACUGAAGAGAUAGUCAUAUAGCCAUUUUUCAUGCACACAACCAUUGGUUCUUUAAUUCCAUGUAGAUUUACUCACCUAGUGUCUAAAUGCAUUAUUAGAUUGGUUAAUUAGUUUUGUGAAUUAUGGGACUUCAAAAUGUAAGUUUCAUGAUGUAUGUUAAACCUUAGUUGUUUUUCA